AUGGCGCUUCGCCCACCCUUCGGAACAGCUCCGAAUUUGGAGGCCUUGGUGAAUCGAAUCGUCCGUGCAGAUGUGACCCUUCCGGAGCACCUGAGCAACGAUUUUCCAGAAGCAUCGCGCUGCACGCGAGCCAUGCUGCGCCAGCAGCCCGACAGAAGACCAACGGCACACUCCUUGUUGAAUCGUCCGCGGCUUCAGCCGCCGACAUACGAAUUGCCAGGGAUGACAAUCGUAGAGUCCGCGUCGACGCCAUCAACAUCGCCACCGACUUCAGCUCAGUCUCCGGCACAAAAGGCAUUCGACCCGCCAGGGCGCACCGACAUUAACUCGCAGGCAGCCAAGCAAAAGCUUGUGGCGGCACAAGUGGCAGCUGCUGCAGCCAACGCUGCGGUAAAGGCGGCAGCCCUGUCGCCCCGAACAAGGGGGCGGGCGAAGCUUGCGAACCAAAUCCUGGAGUCGGAGUCGGACCAGACUGCCAUCAAAGUCCUGGAAGAGUGCGCGGAUGACAGAGACAGGUACCCUCGCCCGCCGGGACAGAAGGGCAUCAUCACUGACGUUCCAUCACGUGUUCGUCGCCAGGGCAGCUCUGGAAGCUCCAGCCCGACAUAUCCCGCUUCGCCAAGCGUGGCUGUGAGCGUGCUCGGCCCGGGCCAGGGCCGCCAAAACCACGGCCAGGGCCGAUCUGCCAACCCGGACGGCUGCAACGUCCGUUCAUGCUCUGGAGAAGUCCAACGACCACGCCUGACUGGCCAGUCCGUCGGGCAGGCACAGCCCCUGUCUGCAAGACAGAAGGCAUACCACCCCUUCUCACGGCCCCAGCCUCUUCAAAGGUCCCCGCGGCAGUCCAUCCCCCAAGAGCGAGCGGAACCCAGCAUGGGUUCCGGAAGCGGCGCUGGCUUCCUGACUGCAAGGAGUGGCUCGGCCACACCACGUUCUCCGGAUCCCGAGCCGGAGGACUCCAAGUACAAGCAGCGACGCGAGGAGCGGUGCCGGCAGAGUCAGGCAUUUCGCAAGUGGCUCCGCGAGCAGCGGGCAAAAGGUAAAGAAAGCCCAAGCCCAGGCAGCAAAGAUGGGGACACACCCGAGCACAGCCCAAUCAUGGAGGAACCGUCUCCGAGCUGUGCCACGGAGUAUUGCGAGGACUCGGAGCAGACGCCGGCUUCUCGCAUGAACGAGUCCCGGGAUGCGUCGUCUCCAAGCCCCAGGCAACCCUUGGGCCGGGUGCAGAAGCCCAGACCUUCGCAGAUUCGCCAGGAAUGGAGGACAGAAAUCUACUGUCCUGGAUUUCCUGUCAUGACCGUUGAGGAGCCAGCAGCUGGACUCGAUGACACGAGGCGCUCGGCAACGAAUCGAGCACGGUCGAAAGAUGUCCAUGCGUCGGAGUCCGAAGAGACACCUUGCGGGCCAGCGGACCUGGGAGGGACGCCGUCCGACACUCCGCUGCAGGCGCUCUGGCAGCGCCCGGCUCCGGAACGGACGUUGCAAUCGAAGGACAUGGUGCCGCUGGCCAGCAUCGAUCUGGGAGCCAAGGCCUCUGCCGUCAACGUGUCCAGUGACUUUGCAGAGGGAGAGGCGCCGCUUCAAAGUUCGAAGUGCCCAUCGACCCUCGGAUGUCCUUCGCCCAAGACUUGCGAGGUGCUUCCCAAAGGCGACGAGUCUCAAGGCGUUCGAAAGUGCACCUUGGACGACUCCAAGAAGAGCGUCAGCAUUGGCGACAGGAUUGAGGGUAUCCGUGCAUGCUUGGAGGCAAGGAUGGGAACCCAGCGCUUCCAGAAGCUGUACAAGAGUCUGACCAAAGAUGACGCUUCUGUCAACAGCCUCUCUGGCACCGCAGUUCCUUGGCCUCGAGAUUCGUCAAUGUUCCUUCCUGAAGACAUUGACGAGGCUUUCAGUGAGGCGACGACAGCGUCUGAUGACCUCAACUCCUUAGUUCCUUUGGUGGCGAAGCUCGUGGCGUGUGAGCAAAGCUACUUCAGCUGA